UUGAGAGGACGCGGCGAGUCAUCGUCAUGGACGACGUAGCCGACGGCCUCUGGCUAGAUUUAAUUUUAACGCUUCGCUUCGCGUACACACCUUCGCCGUUGGACGAAUCUCCGAGUUUCAUCGAGAAGAGAGAAGAUUUCGCUCACCUCGUCUCUUCGGCGACGUUGACGAUUGAUCCGUCACGUGAUGCUCCUCUGGAGGUUAAGGUGCCAUCUAGGGGAAACAUUGCGAACAUUUUGAUCAACUUCAAUAUCGAUCGAUAUAAACUCGGUACAUAUAUACAGGCACCCUACACCACUGCCUUUGCGUCAAAUAACCUCAAAGCCAUUGGGCAGGUUGACGACGCGUGUCCGUGAGACACAAAUUAAAAAAAAAAAAAAAA